CCGGACCCCCAGCGCCCCCGCGCGCCGCGGCGCCUGCUGACCCGGCCCGUCCGUCCGCCCGUCGGUCCGCAGCGCGGCUGAGGAAACUUGAACGUAACUUCAAAAGAAGAUUUGAUUCUUUAUUUCUGGACUGCAUAUAUAUAACAAGAUCAUCAGAAUGUCGGGAGCCUCAGUGAAGGUGGCUGUGCGGGUUCGGCCCUUCAAUUCUCGAGAGACCAGCAAAGAGUCCAAAUGCAUCAUUCAGAUGCAAGGCAACUCGACCAGUAUUAUUAACCCAAAGAACCCAAAGGAAGCUCCAAAGUCCUUUAGUUUCGACUAUUCCUACUGGUCUCACACCUCGCCUGAAGAUCCCUGUUUUGCAUCUCAAAACCGUGUGUACAAUGACAUUGGAAAGGAAAUGCUCUUACAUGCCUUUGAGGGAUAUAAUGUCUGUAUUUUUGCCUAUGGGCAGACUGGUGCUGGGAAAUCUUAUACAAUGAUGGGUAAACAAGAAGAAAGCCAGGCUGGCAUCAUUCCACAGUUAUGUGAAGAACUAUUCGAGAAAAUCAAUGACAACUGUAAUGAAGAAAUGUCUUACUCUGUAGAGGUGAGCUACAUGGAAAUUUACUGUGAACGAGUACGAGACCUGCUGAAUCCAAAAAACAAGGGUCAUUUGCGUGUGCGUGAACACCCACUUCUUGGCCCAUAUGUGGAGGAUCUGUCCAAGCUGGCAGUCACUUCCUACACAGACAUUGCUGACCUCAUGGAUGCUGGGAACAAAGCCAGGACGGUGGCAGCUACCAACAUGAAUGAAACAAGUAGCCGUUCCCAUGCUGUGUUUACCAUUGUUUUCACCCAGAAGAAACAUGAUACUGAGACCAACCUUUCCACUGAGAAGGUCAGUAAAAUCAGCUUGGUGGAUCUAGCAGGAAGUGAACGAGCUGAUUCAACUGGUGCCAAAGGGACUCGAUUAAAGGAAGGAGCAAAUAUUAAUAAAUCUCUCACAACUCUGGGCAAAGUUAUUUCAGCCUUGGCAGAGGUGAGUAAGAAGAAGAAGAAGACUGAUUUUAUUCCUUACAGGGAUUCUGUACUUACUUGGCUCCUUCGAGAAAAUCUAGGUGGCAAUUCUCGGACUGCAAUGGUUGCUGCUCUGAGCCCAGCAGAUAUCAACUAUGAUGAAACUUUGAGCACUCUGAGAUAUGCAGAUCGUGCAAAACAAAUUAAGUGCAAUGCUGUUAUCAAUGAGGACCCCAAUGCCAAACUGGUUCGUGAAUUAAAGGAGGAGGUGACACGGCUGAAGGACCUUCUUCGUGCUCAGGGCCUGGGAGAUAUUAUUGAUACAUCCAUGGGGUCCCUUACUUCAUCUCCAUCUUCCUGCUCACUCAAUAGUCAGGUGGGCUUAACAUCUGUGACCAGUAUUCAGGAGAGGAUCAUGUCUACACCUGGAGGAGAGGAAGCCAUUGAACGUCUAAAGGAAUCGGAGAAGAUCAUUGCUGAGCUGAAUGAGACCUGGGAAGAGAAGCUGCGUAAAACAGAGGCCAUCAGAAUGGAGAGAGAGGCCUUGUUGGCUGAGAUGGGAGUGGCCAUUCGGGAAGACGGAGGAACCCUGGGAGUUUUUUCACCUAAGAAGACCCCACAUCUUGUUAACCUCAAUGAGGACCCACUAAUGUCUGAAUGCCUGCUUUAUUACAUCAAAGAUGGAAUUACAAGGGUUGGCCAAGCAGAUGCUGAACGGCGCCAGGACAUCGUGCUGAGUGGGGCUCACAUUCAAGAAGAGCAUUGUAUCUUCCGGAGCGAGAGAAACAACAGUGGGGACGUUAUUGUGACCCUAGAGCCCUGUGAACGCUCAGAAACCUACGUAAAUGGCAAGAGGGUGGCCCAGCCCGUUCAGCUGCGCUCAGGAAACCGUAUCAUCAUGGGUAAAAACCAUGUGUUUCGUUUCAACCACCCGGAGCAAGCACGGGCAGAGCGGGAGAAGACUCCUUCUGCUGAGACCCCCUCUGAGCCUGUGGACUGGACAUUUGCCCAGAGAGAACUUCUGGAAAAACAAGGGAUUGAUAUGAAGCAGGAGAUGGAGAAAAGACUACAGGAGAUGGAGAUCCUAUACAAAAAGGAGAAGGAAGAAGCAGAUCUUCUCUUGGAGCAGCAGAGACUGGACUACGAGAGUAAGUUGCAGGCCUUGCAGAAGCAGGUUGAGACCCGCUCCCUCGCUGCAGAGACGACAGAAGAGGAGGAAGAGGAGGAAGAAGCUCCUUGGACACAACAUGAAUUUGAGCUGGCCCAGUGGGCCUUCCGGAAGUGGAAGUCUCACCAGUUUACUUCAUUAAGGGAUUUACUCUGGGGCAAUGCUGUUUACCUGAAGGAGGCCAACGCCAUCAGUGUUGAACUGAAGAAGAAGGUGCAGUUUCAGUUUGUUCUGCUGACGGAUACAUUGUACUCCCCUUUGCCUCCGGAAUUGCUUCCCACUGAGAUGGAAAAAACUCAUGAAGACAGACCUUUUCCUCGUACCGUGGUGGCAGUAGAAGUCCAGGAUCUGAAGAAUGGAGCGACACACUAUUGGUCUUUGGAGAAACUCAAGCAGAGGCUGGAUUUGAUGCGAGAGAUGUAUGACAGGGCAGGUGAGGUGGCCUCGGGUGCCCAGGAUGAAAGCGAAGCCACCGUGACUGGCAGUGAUCCGUUUUAUGACCGGUUCCAUUGGUUCAAACUGGUAGGAAGCUCCCCCAUUUUCCACGGCUGUGUGAAUGAGCGCCUUGCUGACCGCACACCCUCCCCCACUUUUUCCACGGCCGAUUCCGACAUCACUGAGCUGGCUGACGAGCAGCAAGAUGAAAUGGAGGAUUUUGAUGAUGAGGCGUUCGUGGAUGACACCGGCUCUGACGCAGGGACGGAGGAGGGAUCAGAUCUCUUCAGUGACGGGCAUGACCCGUUUUACGACCGAUCCCCAUGGUUCAUUUUAGUGGGAAGGGCAUUUGUUUACCUGAGCAACCUGCUGUAUCCUGUGCCCCUGAUUCAUAGGGUGGCCAUUGUCAGUGAGAAAGGUGAAGUACGGGGAUUUCUGCGUGUGGCUGUGCAGGCCAUUGCAGCGGAUGAAGAAGCUCCUGAUUAUGGUUCCGGAAUUCGACAAUCAGGAACAGCUAAAAUAUCUUUUGAUAACGAGUACUUUAAUCAGAAUGACUUUUCUUCAGUUGCAAUGACUCGUUCUGGUCUGUCCUUGGAGGAACUGAGGAUUGUGGAAGGGCAGGGUCAGAGUUCUGAGGUCAUCACUCCUCCAGAAGAAAUCAAUCGAAUGAAUGACUUGGAGUUGAAGUCAGGCACUUUGCUGGAUGGUAAGAUGGUCAUGGAAGGGUUUUCUGAAGAGAUCGGCAACCACCUGAAACUGGGCAGUGCCUUCACUUUCCGAGUAACUGUGCUACAGGCCAGUGGGAUCCUCCCCGAGUAUGCAGAUAUCUUCUGUCAGUUCAACUUUUUGCAUCGCCAUGACGAAGCAUUCUCCACUGAACCCCUCAAAAACAAUGGCAGAGGAAGUCCUCUGGGCUUUUAUCACGUGCAGAAUAUUGCGGUGGAGGUCACUGAAUCAUUUGUGGACUAUAUCAAAACCAAACCGAUAGUAUUUGAAGUCUUUGGGCAUUAUCAGCAGCACCCACUUCAUCUCCAAGGACAGGAACUUAACAGCCCACCUCAGCCAUGUCGUCGCUUCUUCCCUCCGCCCAUGCCGCUCUCCAAGCCAGUUCCAGCCACCAAGUUAAACACCAUGAGCAAAACCAGCCUUGGCCAGAGCAUGAGCAAGUAUGAUCUUCUGGUUUGGUUUGAGAUCAGUGAACUGGAGCCUACAGGAGAGUACAUCCCAGCUGUGGUUGACCACACAGCAGGCUUGCCCUGCCAGGGGACGUUUUUGCUCCAUCAGGGCAUCCAGCGAAGGAUCACAGUGACCAUCAUCCAUGAGAAGGGGAGUGAACUCCAUUGGAAGGAUGUUCGUGAGCUGGUGGUAGGCCGGAUCAGGAAUAAGGCUGAGGUGGAUGAGGCUGCGGUUGAUGCCAUCCUCUCUCUAAAUAUUAUCUCUGCCAAGUACCUGAAGUCCUCCCACAACUCCAGCAGGACCUUCUACCGUUUCGAGGCCGUGUGGGACAGCUCCCUCCAUAACUCUCUCCUUCUGAACCGAGUGACGCCCUAUGGGGAAAAGAUCUACAUGACCUUGUCAGCGUACCUAGAGUUGGAUCAUUGCAUCCAGCCAGCGGUCAUCACCAAGGACGUGUGCAUGGUCUUCUACUCCCGGGACGCCAAGAUCUCACCUCCACGCUCUCUGCGCAGCCUCUUCGGCAGUGGCUACUCAAAGUCACCAGACUCCAAUCGAGUCACUGGAAUUUAUGAACUCAGUUUAUGCAAAAUGGCAGACACGGGUAGUCCAGGCAUGCAGAGGAGGAGAAGAAAAAUCUUGGAUACAUCUGUGGCCUAUGUGCGGGGAGAAGAGAACUUAGCAGGCUGGCGGCCCCGCGGGGACAGUCUCAUCCUAGAGCACCAGUGGGAGUUAGAGAAGCUGGAGCUCCUUCACGAGGUGGAAAAAACUCGCCACUUCCUGCUGCUGCGUGAGAGACUUGGUGACAGCAUCCCCAAGUCCCUGAGUGACUCGUUGUCCCCCAGCCUCAGCAGUGGGACCCUCAGCACCUCUACCAGCAUCUCCUCUCAGAUCUCUACCACCACCUUUGAAAGCGCCAUCACCCCCAGUGAGAGCAGCGGCUACGACUCGACAGACAUUGAAAGCCUGGUGGAUCGAGAGAAGGAGCUGGCUACCAAGUGCCUGCAACUUCUCACUCACACCUUCAACCGGGAGUUCAGCCAGGUGCACGGCAGCAUCAGUGACUGUAAGUUGUCUGAUAUCUCUCCUAUCGGACGGGAUCCCUCUGUGUCCAGUUUCAGCAGUGCGACCCUCACUCCCUCCUCCACCUGCCCUUCUCUGGUAGAGGCUAGGAGCAACUCUCUGGAUCAGAAGACCCCAGAAGCCAAUUCCCGGGCCUCUAGUCCCUGCCCAGAAUUUGAACAGUUUCAGAUCGUCCCAACUGUGGAAACACCUUAUUUGGCCCGAGCAGGAAAAAAUGAAUUUCUCAAUCUUGUUCCAGAUAUUGAAGAAAUUAGACCAGGCUCCGUGGUCUCUAAGAAAGGAUACCUGCAUUUCAAGGAGCCACUUUACAGCAACUGGGCUAAACAUUUUGUCGUGGUCCGUCGCCCUUAUGUCUUUAUCUAUAACAGCGACAAGGACCCAGUGGAGCGUGGCAUCAUUAACCUGUCCACAGCACAGGUGGAAUAUAGCGAGGACCAGCAGGCCAUGGUGAAGACACCGAACAUCUUUGCUGUAUGCACAAAGCACCGUGGGGUCCUUUUACAGGCUCUCAAUGACAAAGACAUGAAUGACUGGUUAUAUGCCUUUAACCCACUCCUUGCUGGCACGAUACGGUCAAAGCUCUCUCGCAGGUGCCCCAGCGACCCGAAGUGCUAAGGGACCCUGCCGAGCGUCCUCACUCGCCUUCAAGACAUAAAGAAAGUGUUGCUGCUUCCUUCUCUCUCUGAUUCUUGAUGGCCCCUCUCGUGUGUAAGCCUGUGGGGUAACUGCUUUCCCUCCUGUCAGCACUCUUGCUAGCUCUCCUGGUCCCCGUCUCCAUUGCUCUGUACCCUUCUCUUUUUUCUUGUGCUGAGAAUCUUGGUAGUAGCAUGUGGCCUAACAAAAGGGAGAAA